CCCCGGAAGCACUUUUAGAACAAUAAAUGGAGAAGCGUCAAGAGACCGUCGGCUUCGCAGUAACUGCUCACCUAGAUACUGUGAAGCGCGAACCAAAUCCGCGGGCAAACAAAGCAAACACUCGACGCGGGGUUAUCGACUUGGUGUAACUAGAGAAUCUUACUUAGAAUUGUGCUGCCUCGCCCCCUUUUCUGUCCGUCAUUAACCGUCAUCAACGGAGGUUUACUUCUCUUUUCCAUUCUUCCCAGCCCGGUUCGACUGUGCUUCUCAAAUAUGGCGACUACCGUCAAGCGUGCGGACUUCGAGGCGGUCUUCCCCUCGUUGGUGGAGGACCUCAAGGAGGCUGCGAAGAAGUACAAUGUGCCGGAGAACGCUCUCCAGUGGUUUGAGAAGUCCCUCAAUGUCAACACUCCUGGCGGCAAGCUGAACCGUGGUCUCUCCGUUCCGGAUACCGGCCUGGCUCUUCUCAAGAAGCCCCUGACAGACGAGCAGUUCAAGCACCUCAGCAUGCUGGGCUGGCUCACGGAGCUUCUGCAGGCCUUCUUCCUCGUUAGUGACGACAUCAUGGACAGCUCCAUCACUCGACGUGGCCAGCCCUGUUGGUACCGCCAGGAGGGCGUGGGCAUGAUCGCAAUCAACGACGCUUUCAUGCUGGAAUCCGGUAUCUACAUCAUUCUCAAGAAACAUUUCCGUUCGCACCCCGCGUACGUCGAUCUUGUGGAGCUCUUCCAUGAGACCACCUGGCAGACCGAGCUGGGUCAGCUGUGCGACCUGAUCACCGCCCCAGAGGACAAUGUCAACCUGGACAACUUCUCCAUGGAGAAGUACAUGUUCAUCGUGACCUACAAGACUGCUUAUUACAGCUUCUACCUUCCCGUGGCCCUGGCUUUGCACUACCUCCAACUUGCGACGGAGGAGAACCUCCGCCAGGCUCACGAUAUCCUCAUCCCUCUUGGCCAGUAUUUCCAGAUCCAGGACGACUACCUGGAUGCCUUCGGUGACCCAGCAGUCAUUGGAAAGAUCGGUACUGAUAUUCAGGAUAACAAGUGCUCGUGGCUGAUCAAUCAGGCACUGCAGAGAGCCACACCCGAGCAGCGCAAGACGCUCGACGCCGCCUACGGUCGCAAGGACCGUGAGCUCGAAGCCAAAGUCAAGACCAUCUUCAAUGAGCUGCAGCUGGAGCAGGUGUACAAGGACUAUGAGGAGAAGACUGUUGGCGACCUGCGGGCCAAGAUCGCCGCCGUGGACGAGACUCAAGGCCUCAAGAAGGAAGUUUUUGAGGCAUUCCUCGCCAAGAUCUACAAGCGCAGCAAGUAAGCGGUUGCUGUCAAUGCUUGCUAAAUUAUACAUUCUGCCUGGCAUCAAUUUAUCUUCUAUGUUUGAUAUUUCACUUUUCAGAAAGAUAUCCCUGCCGGCAAAGCAUUCCAUUCUCUGUGAGAUAUUCCCCAUACAGUUGU